UCUGUGGUCAACAAGGAAAAUAGAAGGAAACUGAAAGAGCUUAGCUAUGGAGGUUCUCAGUCAAUCCCAGCCCUACGCUAUAAAAAGCGCAAUUUAGAGACUGGGCAACUUGAGUCCAUCCCGGAUAGCUGGAUGGAUACUCACCAUAAAUCAGGCACAGGGUGGGUGACAGAGACAGCCAAAAAUACUUGGGAGGAAUUGCGUGCAUACCGCGACACACAGCAGACACAGGCAACUGAUACUGAGAGUUCCACACCAGUUUCGAGUGCGCCUGAAGAUGAAGACAUAUCUUUGGUACAAACUGUCUUCGGAAAACGAUGGGGCCACCAGAAAGGAUAUGGACGUAUCCUUAACAUAAGGGACCGAACUCCAUUUGAUUUUCGUCCUUCACAAACUAGAGAUGAAGAGUUGUCUGAGAUGAGAGAGCGUCUUCGACAGUUAGAGGAGCAUGUCCGGACUCAUUGUAUCACCCCGGGAUCUCAAUCUGCCCCACCACCACCCGAUGAUCCCGAUGUUGGAGCACCGACUCAGUAGGACUUAUGUAUGAAUUUUAUUACAAUUGACUAUUACAUUAUCAUGUUUAAGACAAUUCUUUAUUUUGAUUCAGCGAACAUAC